CUCGACCGUUUCACUCACUCACUCUCUCUCUCUCUCUCGCUCGCUCGCUCUCUCUCUCGUGUGCAUUUGUAGGUCCUUCUCUGCACUAGAAAGUAGAACAUACUUGGUCAAUAGGAUCUGCAAAUCGCACAGACAAGGUUCAAUUCUCUCUCUCGCUCUCUCUCGCUGAAUUUCAAAAUCCUUUUCGGUUCUGGUGGACAACAGUGAUGGUUCUCAGAAGAUGAGGCCUUUGCAUGGGAGGACUACUGGUCCGAAAAGGCGAUCGACGACAGGAAAAUGGACUGCCGAAGAGGACGAGAUAUUGCGCAGCGCGGUUCAACAUUACAAAGGAAAAAGUUGGAAAAAAAUAGCGGCAUGUUUCAAAGAUCGAACAGAUGUGCAGUGCCUGCACAGGUGGCAGAAGGUCUUAAAUCCUGAACUCGUCAAAGGUCCAUGGACUAAAGAGGAGGAUGAGGUAAUAGUCCAGUUAGUGAAUAGAUAUGGGGCAAAGAAGUGGACGACCAUUGCAGAAGCAUUACCUGGACGUAUUGGAAAGCAGUGUCGUGAAAGGUGGCAUAACCAUCUUAAUCCUUCCAUAAACAAGGAACCGUGGACACUGGAAGAGGAGCUGGCUUUAAUUUGUGCUCAUGAAAAAUGUGGGAACAAGUGGGCUGAGUUACAGAAAUUUUUGCCUGGAAGGACAGACAAUGCAAUAAAAAAUCACUGGAACAGCUCUGUGAAAAAGAGGUUGUCAUCUUAUAUGGCUUCGGGAUUGCUUGAAAAGUUUCAAGGUCUGCCUCAUGUAGGAAAACCUAGGUCAUCGUCAGUGGGGAUGCAACAGAUACAAGUGGAUGGGGUUGAAGAAGAUGAAACUUCACAAUGUAGUCAAGGAUCAAUAGAGGUCAAUUGCGCCCAAUUUGAUUCAGGAACAGCAAAUGCAAUGGGAAAUAUUAGGACUGAGGAAUCUGAUUGUGGAAAGGGGCCCAAUAUUGAGCAAUAUUUUUUACAUGAGGCUGAAACUCAUGGAAGUAAGGAUUGCCAGUUUAGUUCCCAUGAAUCGCCCAACAUCUUUGUGGAUGUAUCACUGGAAUCAUUAGAAUUGUUUGGAACAUCUGAACACUGUAAAUGUGUAAAUGAAAGCCAUGACAAAGACUGUAUUGCGUCACAGACCUCUGCUGCUACAAUGGAAAACAUGCAUGUUUCUUCUGAAAAAAUGGAUCACUUAUUGAUAUCUGAGAGUGAUUUACUUGAGAUUGCAUUUCCAGAGACGGGGAAUACUAGAAGAUUUUUUUAUGGGAAUGUGACAGAACAAUCAAAUAACCAGGAUGGUGUCACAGUUCCAAUGAUUUGCCAAUCUGAUUCCCGGAUAACUUCUGCUUUGGAGCCAUGUGCCCCUCUAAAGGAUGCCCCAGGAGGAAUUUCGGAAUUGGAGGUCAUUACAAGUUCAAGCAAUGACUUUAUCUAUGUCGACUCUCCUGAUAUUGAUGCAGAUGAAAAAGACCACCAUAUGAAACUAGACCAGGCAAAGAAUGCUCCAAGACUAGUUCCUGUAGAUAUAUUUAGUGAGGUAAGCUCAGAUAUUAAUGGGACCUUUCUGUCCAGAGAUGAGAACGCGAAGAAUCUUUCUAACUCAGAUGAGGCGAAGGUUGCUUCGAAGCUGGCUCCCGGGGAUUUAGUUGGUUCAUUGAACUCAGAUUCUACGCAGACCCUCUCCUCAAUGGAUAACAAUGCUACUACUAUGAAUACAGAAGAACAGGAUUCAGGAAAUCUGUUUAAUGAACCUCCUCAUUUUCCAAGCUUAGAAAUUCCUUUUUUAAACUUUGAUCUCAUAGCAUCUGGCGAUGAUAUGCAGCAAGCAUAUAGUCCCUUUGGGAUUCGCCAACUACUGAUGCAUCCAAUGAACUUUUCCUCACCACGCAGCUUACGGGAGUCACCAAUUCAUAAAAGUACUCAAAAUGCUAUGUUGAAUAAUGCUGCCAAGAGCUUCACAUGUACGCCGACCAUAAUGAAAAAGAGAUUGCAUGAACCUUUGUCACAGGUUGAGGAGUCAAAGGGAGGCAAAGAACUUGAGAAGGACACAAAUACAAGCGCAUUUAGCUUGAUCAGUAGUUUUUCUUCUCUGGAAUCAGUUUUAGACGAGAAUGGGGCUUCCACAAUGCCCAUCUCGCCUACUGGGGAGCUAUUUGAUUCUCCAUUUGACCAGAAAGUGAAAUCGGAAGACUCCAUUCCUGAUAAAGCUAAUAUGGACCAUGCUCUUGAUGAGGAGAAAGAGAGGAUUGUGAAUUUGGCCAUUAGAAUGUCAGAGAAAGAGGCCGGAAUCACUAAUUCUCCAGAGAAGGUUAAGAAGGGUACCAUGAGUCCUAAGUCCAAGAUAAACGCUGAUGCUACCGUUCUAAUUCCUACAGGAGUGCUUGUUGAACGGAACAUAGAUGAUCAGCUUAUCUUUUCUCCUGAUAGAGUCGGACAUCAAACAACUAGAGCCUUGAGUAUGGCAGUUUUAAGUCCCAAAGGCCAAUAUAUUAUAAAGUUGGACACUAAAUCAUACCGAGGUGGCAAUUUAGAGCCAUCAUCUCCAAAAAAUGGAAAGUAUGCAACUCCAGCUACGUAUACAGAAUGCACACCAUCAGUAAAGCAUCUAGAAGGCACUAGUGGAAAUGCUGGGAAUGAUACUGAUAUUCAAAGCUUUAGCAUUUCUAGGUUUGACGAGACUCCAGGUAGAAAGAGAAGAAUUGUAUCUCCAUCCGCAUGGAAGUCUCCUUUGUUCAUAAAUACUGCUCUCCCUGGACCAAGAUUUGAUAUGGACCUGACAUUUGAGGAUCUGGCAUACUUUUUGAGCCCUGGGAUGAGAAGCUAUGAUGCCAGAGGGUUGAUGAAGCUGAGCGAGGACACUUCUGCUGUAUUUGAGAAUGCCUGGGACGUUUUGACAAGUAAUGAUCCUGAAAUGACCUCAAAGACAGUAUUCUCCGACGACCAAAAUUUAUCUGGAGAGGACAAUUGUUUUCUGCGUAACGAGCAGGAGAAUAUGCCUCCUGGAGUCUUGGGAGAACGACGCCAUCUUGAUUUCAAUGGAUGUGGGACGCCUGGAAAGAGCGCAGACAGAAAGAAAUUUCCGGAGAACACAAACUCUACAAGCAAUUCAAGCCCAUCAUCUUAUCUGAUGAAGAAUUGUAGAUAGUGAGUUUACUUGUAUGUUAAGUGAGUUUAUAUUCAUGUGUGCAGUUUUUAUAGUAUAUCUAUUAAUGUGUCAUGGUUUCAGUUAUGCAGAGUGAAUGUAGAUAGUAUAGUUUAUCCAAUAAGUUGUGCUUGAUUUCAUUUUCAA